AUGGGUCGACGACCACCACCCCGGCAGCCCGCGGCGCGCCCGCCCCUCCUCCCCCUCCUCCUCGUCCUCCUCUCGGCCCCCCACCAAGCAUCAGCAGUCGACCAGACCGGCGGCACGGCGGCCGUGUCGCUGGCCAAGGAGCCCAUGUACGCGACGGCGCGGGCGUGCGCCGUCGGCUGCCUCGUGUACAACGGCAUGUGGCACUGCGGCGUCAACGCGGGCUACCAGGACCUCGGGCUCGGGCUCGGCUGCGGCUGCGGGCCAAACAACGCCUGCUACUGCGGCGCCAAGAUGGCCAGCUCGGCCGCGUCCUACAUCACCUCGUGCGUCAGCGAGCGCUGCGGCCGCAGCGUCGCCGGCUGGAAGGAGGAGGCCAGCAGCAUGCAGGGGCUGUACGACGGGUACUGCCGCUCUGCUCUGGGCGAUGCGGCUGUCGCGCCGGCAACAACGACGGGUGCCGGUGCCGGUGCCGGUGGGGCGGGCGCGACGGCAAAGGGAGACGGGCUACCUGCCCAGACGGGGGCCGGGGCGGCGGGGGCGGCAGCCCAGGGCGAGGCCAAGGGCGGCCUGAGCCAGUCCGACAUCAUCGCGCUGGCCGCGAGCCUGGGCGUCGGCGUGCCCAGCCUACUGGUGGCCGUGGCCACGCUGUGGGUGCAGAUGCGCAAGAAGAAGAAGAAGGAGGAGGCCGCCGCUGCCGGCGCCGGCGCCGGCGCGGCCCCCGUGGUCGGGCAGCCCGUGGCCGCGCCUGCCGUCGCGCACAAGCCCGUCGAGCCGUGGACGCCGUCGCCGUCGCCUCACAUUAGCGAGGCUCCGUGAGGGCGGCUUUGCAGGUGAUGUUUUCUCACGGCGUCGAGGACGGCUGUGUGGAGUGUUUUCCUUCACUUUUUUUUUUCUGUCUGCUGUAUAAUCUACUUCUUUCUUUCUUCUUUAAUUUCAUUACGCAUACCUGUCACACUAUCUCUUUUACGGAUGGGCUAGGAAUUCCCUCGCACUUACUUCCUUUCUAGGCAGACACAUGACGUUCUGCUGCUCAUCAACCAUCGCGUCCAUGUACGAUCCCAUCAGUUAUCCACGGCAUAGAAACACACAGAUGUUACCAAAC